GUGCGCAGGCGCAGACAGCCAGCUGCCCGGUUGCCGUGGAGUCUUGGGGCCGGUGUUCACUGUGAUCCCGGCGACCGCGCUCUUGGCUCGGGAUCGACGGCAAUUUGGCCGGAGUAGCUUGGACACGCCAGGCCAGGCGAGGCGCCGUAGGUGUUUUGAUGCAAGGGAAACGAUGGUACAGAAAUAUCAGUCGCCCGUCAGGGUUUACAAACAUCCUUUUGAACUUGUUAUGACAGCUUAUGAAAGACGAUUCCCAACAUGUCCUCUAAUUCCAAUGUUUGUUGGAAGUGACAUUACCAGUGAGUACAAGAAUGAGGAUGAGGGUGUUCAUAUUUUAGAAAGACGUUGUAAAUUGGAUGUGGAUGCACCAAGACUACUAAAAAAGAUUGCAGGCGUCGAUUACAUCUACUUUAUUCAGAAGAACUCCUUGAACUGGCGGGAGAGAACAUUAAAAAUAGAAGCCCACAAUGAAACCUUUGCAAACCGAGUUGUCAUCAAUGAAUUCUGCUGCUAUACUGUUCACCAAGAAAAUGAGGAUUGGACUUGCUUUGAGCAGUCAGCAAGUCUUGAUAUCAAGUCUUUUUUUGGGUUUGAAAGUACUGUUGAAAAGAUAGCAAUGAAACAAUAUGCCAGCAGUAUAAAAAAGGGGAAAGAAAUUAUUGAGUAUUACCUGAAGCAACUGGAAGAAGAAGGAAUUACUCAUGUACCACGUUGGUCACCAAUGGUCAAAGUUAACACAGAGAAGUCAGUUCCUGCCCAGAAACUGACAUCCUCUCCAGCUGUAGCCAUACCUAGUCGGGGUGAUGCAGUUAGAAAGGAAGAACAUGUUAAUAAGGAUUUGAUUGCUGGUUCCAAUAAUUCACCUGACUCUCUCUCAGGAACUCCAGAUGAUAAAUUGGAUGCUGAUUAUAUCCAGCGUUAUCUGGGUGAUUUGACACCACUACAAGAGAGCUGUCUUAUUAGACUUCGCACUUGGCUUCAAGAAGCACACAAGGGCAAGAUUCCUAAGGAUGAGCACAUUCUGCGGUUUUUGAGAGCACGAGAUUUCAAUAUUGAUAAAGCAAGAGAGCUUCUGUGCCAGUCUUUGACAUGGCGCAAACAGCACAAAGUGGACUAUCUCUUGGAGACUUGGACACCACCUCAAGUGUUGCCUGAUUAUUACACAGGAGGCUGGCAUCACCAUGACAGAGAUGGGAGACCCCUAUAUAUUUUACGACUUGGACAAAUGGAUACCAAAGGUCUUGUCAGAGCACUCGGAGAGGAGGCACUGCUGCGGCAUGUUCUGUCUAUUAAUGAAGAAGGAUUAAGACGAUGUGAAGAAAACACCAAUGUGUUUGGAAGGCCUAUCAGCUCAUGGACAUGCUUGGUGGACUUAGAAGGUUUGAAUAUGAGACAUCUUUGGCGACCUGGUGUUAAAGCAUUGCUAAGAAUCAUUGAAGUUGUUGAAGCUAACUAUCCAGAAACACUUGGUCGAUUAUUAAUCCUCAGGGCGCCCAGAGUUUUUCCAGUACUUUGGACAUUGGUCAGUCCUUUCAUUGAUGACAAUACAAGAAAGAAAUUCCUUAUCUAUGCAGGGAAUGACUACCAAGGGCCUGGAGGGCUACUUGAUUACAUAGACAAAGAAAUAAUCCCUGAUUUUCUUGGAGGCGAAUGUGUGUGUGAGGUUCCGGAAGGAGGUUUAAUCCCCAAAUCUAUGUACAGAACACCAGAAGAGCUUGACAAUGAUGACAUCAGGCUUUUGACUGAAACAAUUUAUCAAUCAGCAAGUAUUUUCAAAGGAUCACCUCAUGAGAUAUCAGUUGAAAUAGUGGACGCAUCUUCUGUGAUAACCUGGGAUUUUGAUGUGUUAAAAGGAGAUAUUGCCUUCAACAUCUAUCAUUCAAAGCGAGCACCCCAGCUACCCAAAAAGGAUACUCUUGGGGCCCAUGGUAUAACAUGCCCUGGAGGAAAUAAUGUGCAACUUAUCGAUAAGUCAUGGCAACUGGGAAUGGAUUAUAGUAUGGUGGAGUCAGCACUUAUAUGUAAGGAAGGAGAGAGUGUACAGGGUUCACAUGUAACAAGAUGGCCUGGUUUUUAUAUACUUCAAUGGAAGUUUCACAACAUGCCUUCUUGCGCUACAACUAACCUACCUCGUGUAGAUGAUGUACUGGCAACGUUACAGGUUUCAUCCCAUAAGUGUAAAGUUAUGUAUUACACUGAAGUUAUAGGAUCAGAUGAUUUCAGGGGAUCCAUGACAAGUCUUGAAUCUAGUCACAGUGGCUUCUCACAGCUCAGUGCUGCUACAACAUCAUCCAGCCAGUCACAUUCCAGCUCUAUGAUCUCCAGCAGCAGACGGUAGAAGGUUUCUGCAGAGAGUCAACCCCUGUAACGCUGCCAGGCCAGACAAUAUCCCAGGCCGAGUACUUGGAGUGUGCACACCAGCUCACUGUCUUCACAGACAUCUUCAGUACUUAACUCAUCCAGGCUGCUGUCCCCACAUGCUUCAAACCAGCCACCGUCAUCACUGUACCAGAGAACUCUACACCUUCAGAACAAAAUGACUGACACCAGUCAACAUGAAGUGGUUUGAAUGGCUGGUGAUGGCACACAUCAAAACUUCCAUUCCUGCCACAUUGGACACUCACAAAACUGAAACAGCCUACAGAGGGGAGAUGGAAGAGCUCAAGGCCUGGUGCCCGGCAAAUAACCUGUUCCUCAAAGUCAACAAGUCAAGGGAGAUGGUUAUCGACUUCAGGAGAUCUUGUACCACUCACACCCCUCUACAUCAGUGGCACAGCAGUGGAAACAGCGGUUUCAGACUCCUGGGAGCACACAUCUCGCACAACCUCUCAUGGUCCCAGAAUACAUCCUACACAAUCAGGAAAGCUCACCUUCACCUCUGAUUCCUAAGGAUGCUGUAGAGAGACGGAUUAUGCACAUCAAUACUCAUGACCUACCGAUGCACAGUAGAGAGUAUUCUAACAUGCUGCAUCAUUGCAUGGUACAGAAACUGCACUGUGACGGGCAUGACGGCUCUACAAAGAGUUGUCAAAACUGCCCAAAACAUCAACUGGCUCAGCUUAUCCACCAUCAAGGACAUAUCUACAGAAAGGUGCCAGGAAAAGGCCAACAGUAUCAUAAAGGAUCCCAUCCAGCCUGCUCAUGGACUGUUUGUCCCACUUCAUCAGGGAGGAGGCUACAUACUGUAGCAUCCAUGCCAGUACCGACAGACUCAAAGACAGUGACAUUCCUCAAGCAGUGAAACUGUUGAACACUUUCACUCAAUAAUCCACUCUACCAUCACUACUUUUUCAUUUCCUGUUGCAAGUCACCUUAUGUACAGACACUCUUACACCUAGCGUUACUUCAUGGACGUACUAUCUAUGUAAAUAAGCUAUCUUAUGUAUUUAUAUUUGUGAAUUUUUAAAAUUGUUCUUUAUCUUACUGUGAUUUUCAAUAUGCUGCAUUGAAUCUGGAGUAACAAUUAUGUUCUCCUUUAUACUUGUGUACUGGAAAUGGCAUUAAACAAUCUUGAAUCUUGAAUGAUUGGGUUAACUAUGUAUAUGAUAAAUAGAACUAAGAUCGUAGAGAUGAGAUGCUGGUGACAAACAAUUUUGAAAUGAGGAAAGUGAAUAGUUUGCUUUGUGUUUAGUUAUCUUUGCAACAUUAUCAAUUGUGGAGCAAUGCUAAGUUUUAGUGUUACAUUUGAUCAACCUUGCAUGGCUGAUUUUCAUUCAAAUGCAAAUUAUUAUGACCCUUCAAUUUGGUCACAUUUGCCCGAGUACAAUAAAUUUACAUCUUAAUCUAUUUAAAGUAUAUUAUCCAUUGCAUCUUCUUAAUUUGAUAGCUAAAAUUACAUUUUGUCAGUGAAAGAUUAAUUUGUUGAAUCAUUAAAUUUAUAAUUAUAUUGCUAUAGACUAAUCUUCUUUAUGUGAAAAUUGCUAUGAAAAUGCAGCAGUGCCUGCAC